CGGAUAUAGUGAAUGCGGGGUCCGGGGAGAGCGGAUAUAGUGAAUGCAGGGUCCGGGGAGAGCGGAUACAGUGAAUGCAGGGUCUGGGGAGAGCGGAUAUAGUGAAUGCAGGGGUCCGGGGAGAGCGGAUAUAGUGAAUGCGGGGUCCGGGGAGAGCGGAUAUAGUGAAUGCGGGGUCCGGGGAGAGCGGAUAUAGUGAAUGCGGGGUCCGGGGAGAGCGGAUAUAGUGAAUGCGGGGUCCGGGGAGAGCGGAUAUAGUGAAUGCGGGGUCCGGGGAGAGCGGAUAUAGUGAAUGCAGGGUCCAGGGAGAGCGGAUAUAGUGAAUGCAGGGUCCAGGGGAGAGCGGAUAUAGUGAAUGCGGGGUCCGGGGAGA